GAACCCACCUACCACUUCUUGGUCCAAUUGAUGUGGAAUGACCCUUAUCGUAAUUAUUUUAAAUCGAACAUGCGACAUUCUAUCUCUUAUCUUCUUGUUUUGCCCCCUUCCUCACGUCAUAUUUUGUUGCACCGGUACCUGUAAUUAUUAUUUCGAUGUGUGCUGGCUAUAAUCUCGCAGUUAGUGUUCGAACAAGCAUGCAUUAAACGAACCCUACCCCUUUGUGUUUUUUGAAAACAAAAACAGAGUGAUUUUGUGUGAUAUGGCUUUAUUGGUGGUGUAAUUUGGACGUCUCGUGUUCAUUGUAUGGCCUUUAUAUUUUGAGCUAGUUGUUCCGGUUAUAAAGAAUCGAGUUUGUACAAAUGGACGACGAUAAUCCGACAGAAUUACGUUCACUGGCGGCGAAAUCUUCAUGUAUACAAUUGGUCUACGAUUGGGCCAGUUGUGAAAUGUCAGCAGUCGAUAUUUGGAAAAAGGAAGAAGACUACGGUACAUGCCCGGAUCACGAAUGUUUCAUUUGGCAACUGAACGAAAUGCAGCUACCUGGCAGCCCAGUGAUCCCGAAUUUGGUUCUCGACCAAAUCGAAUACCAUUUGACGUCGAUUUUGAAGCAGGUUACUGACUGGAUCCGUUACCAUCAUCGUAAAAAUUUCUUCCACGAUGAACCGGCAUCUCCGUUGAAAGAAUACCUGCUGAAAUUGAUUUGGAAACCGGAUCGAUCGAUCGACUAUUCAGCUACUGCGAAAAACGUGUUGGCUGGCUCGAAUUUUAACCCUAUGGAGAAGUAUAGAUUCGCUUGCACGUAUUGUUUUUCGGAGGAAGUAUGGAAAUUGAAAGAUUUGGCGGAGAUAGCGACAGAUUGGUGUUUCGAAACGGAGCCUAUGCUGGUUUAUUGGAGUAAAUACUUGACCAAUCAGUUACAUACGAUACCAGUACCGGCGAACGAUUCAAUCGACGAGUUCAUGUUUGCUAAAGCUCUGAAAGAAUACGAUCUUUGGCAGCCCAUAAAGUACUUUUUUGGCAAAUUGAACUGCGGCGCUAGAUUAUUGCAGUGUACCAACUUUAUGAAGAACGGCAGUGGAAAAUAUCAAGAAGAAUUUCUGGCUCUGCUGACGGAAUGUGAAAAAAGUUCCGUGUACCAGACUCAUAUGAUAGAAAUCUAUAGAAAUUACGAAGAGAUUGAAAAUUUCGAAGGUAUGCGGCAGAUUUACGUCGAAUUAAAGGGCAAGUUGAGUUUCGAGCAAUUCGCUCUAAUUAUCGAAAAAUUGGCGGAAUCGUCGAUGCGUGCUGUUCGCUUUUUCAAUGCUCUGACACCAUUACUAGUAGAGAUUUGGAACGAUGCCAGCGACAAGGAUAAACGCCGGGUAAUCUCGACUGGUUUUCGACACCGUUUCGCCCAAAACUGGUACGAGGAGCUCGGAUUCGAGGCGGACUAUCAUUUCAAAAACAGACACCGAUUUCGCAAUCCUUUGGCGUUUAUUCGUGUCAUGGCUGAAGCGUUCAAACCACUAAACUUCUUCAAGAAGAAUUUUUAUUGGCUGGUACUCUGGCAACCGUUUGCUUCUAUAGUCGAACUAAUCGGCAAAUUUCACUUCAAUGCCAAAGAUGUCGAGGAAUUAAAGAAGGAUAUUCGAGAAGUGGAUGUAACUUUUUUGGAAUUAUUGGGGUAUGGCGAGUUUGAUGAUUUUAACAGCGUUGUAUCGUUCUGCUAUUCGGAUGAUAACGCGAGCAGAAUCGCCUAUCAGAGAAGAUUAUUAAUGGACAAUUUGGACCAUGUUAGUUCUGCGUUGGAGCACAUCGGUUGGAGACGAUUUUACGAAUUCAUCAUUAACGUUUUUCGUGACACCAACGACGGAUUAGUUUCUUCCUACACUACGCUACUGAUGCAACACGUUUUAGGGAAUGGAAGGUACUCAUCGUACAUUCUGAUAGCAAACAGCAUCGUGGAAUGUAUUGAAACUUUUGUGCCAGAUCAUGAUGAUUUAUCUAGGGCAAAGAAGACCUGCAUUGACUCGAUUUUCGAUUAUCUUCAUGAUAGUUACUUUAGUCCCAUUUUUAAGGAGACUCGGGUCGAUGAAAUGCUGAUUUGGUGCUACGGAAGCGAGACAGGUGUUGCUGAAUUUAAAGAGAAAAUCAACGUUUCGAAAAUUUUCAUCUCUCUGUUGAAAUGCUGCGUCAGCAACGGAUACAUUUUCAAAGCGAGUGAUUCAAUGGAGGAAUUUUUGCAUUGGUAUUAUCCUGCCGAAAAUGAGAGGAAAGCUUUCAAAUUGGAAAUGAUUUACUCGUAUGGUGAUUAUGAAACGAUCGGGGCAUUUCUAAAAAAGAGAAUGUAUCGUCGACCUAUGUUAAGUUGGUUUUUUGAAAACGACGCCUAUAAAAUAAUGGAAUUUACUACGAAAAUAUACCGGUAGGUUUGUCGAAAUGGUUGUCGAUGGAUGAAUUUUUGUAUUCGGGUGUUAGUACUUAGCAUACCUAAUAUUGUAAUGUGUAAUUUAUUUUAUCUGUGAUUCUAAAUCUUUUUUAAAUACCUAUUUAUUUUUACCCAAUUUAUAGUUAUCGUAAUAAAUUUGUAAUGUGUUUUCUAGAA